CGGAUCCUGAAACUGAGACCGGCUGUGGAUCUUGAACUGCUCAGCAGUCCUGGGUCCAGCCAGAGCUUUGUGAGGAGUCCAGGCCUCCCUGCCAUAACUGGAAACUAAGGAACGGCCGUGGGUUAUCAUGCACACAGUGUGACCACAUAGGAACUCUGUGCAAGUGGCAAGGACCUGAGAGGACCCCUUUCUUCCUGUUCCUAUAACCAGCCGUACUCUGGCUUGGGCUGUGGCUUCCUCAUAGGGACCCUCCCUCUGCAGCCAUGGUCUGGAGGACAGUAGGCACCAGCAACUUCUCCAGCUGCCCCAAUGGCUCUGUCCAGUGGAUCUGGGAUGUGUUUGGUGAAUGUGCCCAGGAUGGCUGGGAUGAGGCCAGUGUGGGCCUGGGCUUGGUCUCCAUCCUCUGCUUCGCUGCAUCUACCUUCCCCCAGUACAUCAAAGCCUGCAAGACAGGCAACAUGGACCAGGCCCUGUCACUGUGGUUCCUGCUGGGCUGGAUCGGUGGAGAUUCCUGCAACCUCAUUGGCUCCUUUCUGGCAGACCAGCUACCCCUGCAGACCUACACGGCUGUGUAUUACGUCCUGGCUGACCUGAUGAUGCUGACACUGUACUUCCAUUACAAGUUCAAGAAGCGGCCUUCUCCGUUGUCUGCCCCUAUCAACUCUGUGCUCUUGUUCAUCUUGGGGACGGCGUGUAUCACACCACUGUUGAGCGGCGCUGAUCCUGUGGCUGUCCCCAGGGAAGGCUUCCGGGGGCGGAUGCUCCUGUCUGUGGAGCCAGGCGAUAAGCCUUUCACAAGGAAGGAGGUCGUCGGGUUUGUCAUUGGCUCCGUCUCCAGCGUGCUGUACCUGUUCUCAAGGCUGCCUCAGAUUCGAACCAAUUUCCUACGGCAGUCGACCCAAGGCAUCUCCUACUCGCUGUUUGCACUGGUUAUGCUGGGAAACACGUUGUAUGGGCUCAGCGUGCUGCUCAAAAACCCCGAGGUGGGCCAGAGUGAGGGCAGCUACCUGCUGCACCACCUGCCCUGGCUCGUGGGCAGCCUGGGGGUGCUAAUGCUCGACACCAUUAUCUCUAUCCAGUUCCUGGUGUACAGAAGCCGUGAUACUGCUACAGCUUCCUCAGAGCGAGAGCCCCUCCUCCCAAGCUGACCAGCGUCCUUGAUGAUGGGAACCUCGGCAGCCAUCCCAGGAAGGAUGAGGUGUGGCCAGUGAGACUGCCGCCACCAGACUGGGCCUAGGGGGUGGCCUGCAACUCCGGGCCUGGCUGCCUCCCCUCCAUGCUGGGCCUUCAGACAGGUCUGCAGUUGGCUAGUGCUAUACCAGGACAUACCUCUCAGGUAUAUGAUGGCUGCCUGAGGAGCCACUAGGUCACCCAUAGCUGAGACCCCAGAAGACGGUGUGGCCACCUCCCAUGUACCUACCUCAAUCUGACUAUGUACCCCUGGCUAUAUCAUAGCCAGGGCACCCAGGGUUGUCCCUCUGACUGGGCACAACCUAGUAAAUGGUACCUUCUAGCUGGGCCUGUUUUUGCUGCUCCUUCCCCCAGUGCUUGAGGUAUAGGCAGGGACCCAGGGCAAGUCCAGCCUGAUAGGGGGACCAUGUGCAGCCUCCCAGUGCCCUUGGCAUCCUGACUGUGUCUCUCUGCCCUCUUGUACACAGAUCCUACCCUGGUGUGGGACACGGCAGCCAAGGGGACAUCAGUGGGCUCCUUGUUCCUGGGGCUCUGGAAGAAGCAGAUAGCUAAGGGCAGGAUUUGGUUGAACAUCUCCAAGGGCUUAGUGUGACCUUGCCAAGGCUGUGUAGGGUGUGGCGGUUAGCUCAAAGCGAGGCGUGUAGUCAGGUGUCUCCUAUAGUCAGAACUCAAGAGAAGUAGAGAAAUGGAGAAGAGGCCAGACUGGUGUCUUCCUGAAGAAGGUGGAGACCAGAAGCCCAGGUGGAGGACAAGGCCAGCAGGAGACAGGGCCCAGGGGUGAUGAGGGCAGAGAAGAAGGAAGAAAGGUUGCUCCUAGCUGUCUUCUGGGGACAGAGGACCAGCCCCCUUCCCUGCUAGCCUCAGCUAACUCACUAGUAUUGUAGGUCUAGAACGUCAGUCAGAUGCAGGGGCCACCUGCCAGAGACAGAGGGCAGCCACCUCUGGGCGUUGUUUUAGCUUCUCUGCCCAUAGUACAGAGCCAGGCAAGGCAUGCGCUGCUCCCGGCCCUGCUCCCAGCCCACUGCUGGCUUCAGGUGAGCAUUGCAGCUCCAUGCCAUCCUGGGACUUGGCUCUCUGCUAGUUUCCUAGGGCAAGAUGGCACCUUUCCAAGUCCUGAAGAUCUGGGGCCUCAGUGUGGCACGUGACCCCAGGUACAGGCCUGAACUGAAGCUGCACAGGCAGGAGACAAUGAAAUAACAGCCCUGCCUGGGUCUGUCCAGGAGGGGUGACACCCCUUCAUGGGGGAGUCAUGCUUUGCUCACAGGAAUGCCUGUCUGACAAAGGAGGUCCAGUCUCAGGAAGAUGGCAGCUUCUCUAAACCUCAAUUCUCCUCUUUUCCGGAGGCUCGCUCCAGUGCUCUAAGUAGGGAAGUGGGGGACAGAGUACGGGGCUUGUAGAUCCUGGUGGCCUGUUAUUUUAUCUGCUAGCUUCAUGGACUUCAGGAUCUCAAGCCUGUGUCAGCCACCGUGAGCCUCGUGACUGAGGCCAGCUCUCUAAGUCUGAUCCCUCUCCCACAACACUGAAAGCAGCACGACCGACCUCAGACCCUCUAUGCGCUGCCUGCAUGAGUUGCACUUUUGGUUUUAUGUCCCGGCAUCUGGUUCAUGGGUGAAGAAAAGGUGAUUACAUUACUAUCCCCAUCCAACGGGAUGUAACCAUCUUGUACCUCCUCAGGGGGACAGCCAGCUUGGCUAACACGACCGUGAUGUAACGAUGGCCCCAUUGCUGCUGAGGGCCAGAAACUCCACAGCUGGCUUCCAUGUCUUCUCCUUGGCCCACACUUCUUGCUUUUUGGAGGUCAGGGAGUGAUGGGCUGCUCACCCUGAUGUGGCCUGCCAUGGGCUCCUCAGGUCCUCCCUCAGCUUCGUGUGUGGACAUUCUGGUUCCAGACCAGGCUCAGCCACAGAAAUGGAAAUAGGCCCUCAAGUCACUCAGGGAGGAAGGGGGAGGCUGGACCAUGGGCCUGCAAGUGGUUGAGACAGGGUCUUACUGUAGCUCAUACCAGCCUGAAACCCACAGUCCUCCUGUCUCUGCUUCUUAGUGCAGGGACUACAGGUAUAUGUCAUCAUGCCUGGCUUCUAUAAGAUGCCCUGUAGGAAAGCCCUUCUGGUGCCUGGCCCUCUACAGUAUUCACAAGGCGUUGCCUCCUCUGAAGUCAAGGGGCAGAAAAAGCUAGAGGCAGAGCCUAGCCAGGCUAGGAUUCUCGUUAUUUAUCAGACCUGGGGAUCUCAAUCUCCUGCCCCCACCCCCAACUAGGACAGUAUGGCCUCCAGGUCUCCUCCAGGAAGGGGAACAGUCCCAAAUCACCCUUCUCUGUCCUUUUGUCUGAAUCAGCUUCAUGGCUUCCCAGGGAAGCAAGCAGGUGUGAGCUGGGAUAGGAAGGCUUGAAGCUGCUACCUCAUGGCAUGCUUUCCCCACAGGUUCCCUCAGGUGGUAAGGUCCCAUCCUGUCUCCCAGCCCUGCCCGACAGCUCUAAGGACACAGCUACCCCCAACUCCACACCUGAGUCAGACAACCGGGCAACAGGAUACAGUAGAUGCUCACUCAACAAAAUACCUGAGACAUUGUCUGGAGGCUCUGGCAGACCUCCAUGUGGAGACCAGCAUGUCACUAGCAAGCACAGAGGGACUUUACAGGGUGACUUGUGAAUUAGAGCUUUAUUGCUGUCUGGAAAGGUGCCAUGUUACCUGUACAGUAUUAGCAUUUGAAUGAAGUGUCAGAGGUAGUGAGAAUGUAAUUCUGUCUUGGAACAUCCCUGUGCAUGUACAAUGCAGAGUAUGCAAAGGCCAGCUGUAGAAGGAGCUCUGCAGGGAGCCGCUGAAGACAGGUUUGCUGGACAGCCCAGAGGGCUGCAUCUAUGCAGGUGUCAUACUUAACCCAGCACGUUUGCCCAGCCCACUUUCCAAGUUGGAAAAUUUCACAAAAGAGGCAGAGAUAAUGACAGGAGAGUGUAUGUAUCUACCAAGAGACAUUCUAAAUGACACCAAGUAACAUGUAGGGGCUUAGGGGGUGCAGCUCAGGUAGGAGGGGACUUGCUGAGUAUAUGUGAGGUCUUGGGUUCAAUCCCCAGGGUGGCACAAAAUGGUCUGGUGGUGCAUGCUUGAAAUCCCAGCACUUAGGAGACAGAAGCAAGAUGAGUUCAAAGCCCUCCUCAACUAUAUUGUGAGGCUAGCCUAGGCUACAUGAGUUUCUGUCUUAAAAACAACAAAAUCCUAGAAAUAGUAAGUUGAAAAUAAGGCACAAAAACACCAAAUAGAUUUCAGAGUGCUGUGAAUUUAUAUAGCAUGUUCAUGUUCUGUAUUUUAUGGUUUAUAAAAAUAAUUAUUGAAAACAAAGCUCGGUCAGGGCUGGAAAUCUGUUUCAGUGGUUAAGAACAUCCUGCUCUUCCAGAGGACCAGAGUUCAGUUCCCGGCACCCACAUCAGGCGGCUCACAGCUGCUGGCAGCUGUCCCACCUGCUGGCAACUCCAGCUGUAGGUGAUCUGAUGACUGCCCUCCCCCAGUAAGUAAGAAAUAAAAAAGAAACAAAGCCAAGCUUGGUGGCACAGGCCUCUGAUCUCAGCACCGGGGAGGCUGAGGCAGGAAGAACACACUGAAGGACAGUUUGGAGUACAAAGCAAGUGAAAGGUCAGCCUGGGCGACUUAGCAGACCCUGUCUCAAAGUUAAAAAAAAAAUUAUAACUGAGUACAGCAAGGAGACACAAAACUUACUUAUAGAGCAAGAAAAAAAUAGCACUAGUUAGUUUUUUUCCAGGCAACUAUCUGUGUACCUCAGGCUGACCUGGAAGUCUAUAGGUAGCUAAGGAUGACCCUGCCUCCACCUCCCAAGUGCUGGGAUUCCAGGCUUGAACCCGGCUCUGCAAUCUGUCAUGGUGUAUCUUGAUUAUAGAGAACUCUACCCUUUAAGAAGCAGGCUCAGACAGUCUUGUUUGCUCUCUAGUGACUUAAGUAUGUUACGUUGCACACGCAGACCCAGGUCCCAUACAGAGGCAACCCAUACUGGAAAGCUGGCCCCUCAGUAGCUGGUGUGUCUUCCUAACUCACAAGUAGCCCCACAUAGGUGUCCCACCCACUGAGAUCUAAACAACUUGCCUGGUGUAGCUAAUCCCAGCACUCAGAGGCAGGCUGACCUCUAUGAGUUCAAGUCCAGCCUGGUCUACAUAGUGAAAACCUGUCUUGAAAAAAACAGACAAACAAGACCUAAACAACUAUACAGUGGCAUUAAGUGCCAGCCUGCGUAGACCCCAUGACGGGAGCCUGUCCAUUGUUUCCUAUAGUUCUCUGCUGUCUUGCCUGCUGCUGCUGUUCCAUUGUGUGUCUAAUAAACUCUCUCCUGUCCUUU